AUGUUUCAUCAAGUUAAAGUUCAUCCUGAGGAUUGGGAUUCUCUGAGAUUCCUAUGGUAUCCAAAUGAUGACAUUUCAAAAGAACCUGAAUCUUACUUUAUGACAAGAAGUCUUUUUGGCCUAACCAGUUCACCCAGUGCAGCUGGAUAUGCUUUAAAAAGAGCUGCAAUAGAUAAUGAAACAAAUGCUAAUAUUGAUGUUUUAAAUACAGUUAAUAAUAAUUUUUAUGUUGAUGACUGUUUGAAAUCUUGUGAUUCUUCUCAUUGUGCUAUUGAUGUCAUUAAUCAGUUAGAUUGCUUGUUAUCUAAUGUAGGUUAUCUUACCAAGUAUCGCAGUAACUGCCGGUCUGUUCUUUCUUCUAUUUCAGAUAUAGACAAAGCUAAAGAUAGUUUUUUGGAUUUAACUCUUGAUAAAUCAUAUUGCUCUAAGACACUUGGUAUUAUGUGGAAUAAUGUCAGUGACCAGUUCACUGUGAAAGUGGAUAUAAAGCCAAAGCCUCUCACGAGACGUGGUUGUCUCUCUAUGAUAUCACAAAUAUAUGAUCCAUUGGGUAUGAUGCAACCAUUCAUCUUACCAAUGAAAAGCCUCAUGCAAACUUAUGUGCUCAAGAUAUUGGAUGGGACUCUCCGAUCCCAACCCGAUAUGAAGAAAUAUGGCAAAAAUGGGUUAACGAGCUUCCGAACUGCAGGAAGUGUCAUUCCCAGAUGUUUCAAACCACCAGGAUUUAAGACGACCACAUUGAGCUUCAUACAUUUUGUGAUGCCAGCCAAGUUGGAUAUGGUGCAGUGA